CGAGCGAGAAGAAGAGGACAAAUGCACCCUCCCCUUACGAAAAUAGAAGUGCAACUUUGUCAUUUGUUACGCAGAUUCUCCCGGCGGAAGGAAUGAAUGAAUGAAAGGGGAGGGCGAUACACUUUUCACAGCUUGCCCCAAACCGUCCCGAGAGGUGCCAUCCCAUCCAUUCUGUCCUCCUCCUCCUACUCCUCCUCCUCCUCCUCCUCCUCCACCUCCUCGUCAACAGCAAUCCCUCCCGUCCCCCAUUCCCACUACACAACAGUACAGUGGUCGACCACCACCACCACCACACCUCCCCUUCCUUCUCCUUCGCCCUCUCCUUCACCUCCACCUUCACCCUCACUUCUCCCUCCCAUUACCAUCUACCUGGUUCCCCAUGUCCGCUUCUACUCCUGCACUGCUUUUCUCUCUCGCUCCUCCCUCAAUCCAAAUCCCCGCCCUGCACCCCCUCCUCCUCCUCCUCUCCUCGAGCGCAUUCCCAGCACUCCCUCUCUUCUGCCUCUGCAGCCCCUUCUCCCUUCUUGCCCUCGCUGCCAGCGCCCCCGGGGAUCGUCGUCGGGUGCGUCCGAGGAGCGCCGGAAACGUCUGUCCGGCCGGCCACUUUGCGACCUAAAAUUGGAGCGAGGGCAAGUCUCGCGCUAAAUUUGGGCGCUGAUGUGGAGGGCCGAGAGGUGCGAACCUCACGUUCGUGUCAGAAGUUAGAGGAGUAGGCCUGAGCGGCCCCCCGAUCCGCGAUGCCGGGUGCUAAACAUAAUAUACCUCCGCACCGGAACAGAAUCAGGGACCGAAGACGUCUUCAGAUUUGGACGCAAUCGCUUCUUCUAGGGUGCUCUCGUGUGGAAACGAUGGGUAUCGUCCACACGAGUGCAGGAUUCUUGAAGGACCGCGCUUUUCUGCUCCUCUUCCUGCGAGUACAAUUUUGCGCGGCUCUGACCAAAGUUUGGCAAUCGGCUGGUUGGCGUAGUUCCUCAAGUUAGGCUGCCUGCGGUCGCUCUUCUCUCGGGCA